AUGCCAAGAUUGGUCCAUUGUUGAAAUUUGACUUAUAUGGCACAUGUCACUUCUGUCACUUAAAAAAACAAUUUUAUAAAACUACGUUACUCCUGGCUCAACAUCGUUCACUCCCAUUCACUCCGGAACAUGGAGUCGCUUUCGAAAUUAUGUGAGUUUUUGUACACGCGCAAAGUGGUCGAAAUAUAUUCUAAUCCGCCGUUGAUUUUCGUCAUAAUUUGGUCGAUCGUCAUCUGCUGCGCCUAUUGCUUCUUGUUGUUGUACAUCGACGCGUGCUUCGACGAGGAAGACCAACUCCAGGUGAUCCAGGCACCUCCAGCACAAAGAAAUGUCCUUCCUGGCUUCGAUGACAUGCCAAACAUGAACACGCCCGAUUACGCCACCAGCAUCGAUACGCAGAGCAUUCCAACAUCCGAUUACGAAGAAGGAUUGGACCAGCUAUUGAACCAAUCCCCGAGCGAAUAUAUCAGAGACCACUAUUAUUAACCUAUACACCAUUUUUAGUCAAAUGUCUUUACUUUACAAGUUUUUUUGUCACCUAAUUACUAUAGAGAAACAUAAUUAAAUAUUUAGCAUCGUC